CUGGGUCUGUGAAACUUUAAUAACGCUACAAACAACCUUGAUGAAAUAGGAUCCUCAUGCUUAUUAUGAAAAGGAUCUGUGGUAAAUUACGGAGAAAAAUAAGAAAAUAUUUUGGUACUUCAUGAUAAAGUGAUCAUCAGCAGCAUGAUCCGUGCUUCCCCUUAAUGCCUGUUCGUGCGUCUCUUUUUUUCAUUCCUGUUUUUCCUUUUGGCUCUUUUUAUGCCCACAUAAGCCAACUUGCAAUCCUCAUUGUGAUCUCUCUUCAUAUCACCAUUAUUGUUCUGUUCAGCCGAUAUGUCCAUCCAGAUAUAGAUCUCAUGUAAUAUCUAUUAGUGUAAGAACUUGCUUGACCAAUCUUAUGGCGAGUAUUGCAUACUUGCGACCUGACCUAUAGCCUCGCUCAAAAAAUGCCUCGUGGCAAGCUUGCCACUGAGGAAAGGGUUGGCGAUCUCCCUUCUAUAUCGAUUUUAGGCAGCUGAUGAACC